ACAGGCAGCAGCAAGUAGUCAUUGAAGUUAAGAAGAGUGAAAGGUGAUCUCUUGAAAGGUGUAAGAUUUUGAGGGCACAAGGUGGAUGCUGACAGGUUGUUUCCCUAAGAAAGGAGUAUCUGAAUUAGAGGGCACAAUUUCUGAAUAAUGGGUUGUCCACUUGAAAUGGAGAUGAGGAAGAAUUUAUUUUCCCAAAGUGUGUGGCUGUUUAUAAUCUCCAGCUCAGAGAGCUGUGGAGAGCAGUCACUGAAUCUUGUCGAAGGCAGAAGUGAACUAGCAAGGGUGUGGACAAAGUGAAGGUAGGUGAUACUGAGACCAAGAAUAGAGUAGCCAUACUGAAUGGAGGGUUCGGUGGGCUGAUAUAAUAUAGAACAAAGCAUUAAACUGGAGGAAUUCAGCGGGUGGAGCAGCAUCUUUGUCAGUAAAGAACUGUCGACGUUUUCAGUUCAAGACACUGAAUCAGGACUGAGAAUACAGAAAGGAAUGGCCUGUGAAGCGGGGGAAAGGUGGGAGUGUGAAACGUCGGUAACACCCUUCACUUCCACAGAUUAGCCCGACCGGCUGAGUUCCUCCAAAAAACGGGCAGCUGCUCCAGAUUUCAGCAUUUCUCGAUGGGCUGAUCGGCCUCCUCCUGCUCUUUAUGUACCACACUAUGUUUUAUUGCAUCCAGAUCUGGUUACCUCCUGCUGUUUUGUGGGUCUGAUGCCCAUUGACAAACUUAUCCCUCCCCAGACUGAGCUGCGGCGUAUUUCUCCACAGCAGCACGUGUGUUUUGUUAUUCCCGCCCCUAAUUGGAUAGCUGGUCACACCUCGUGCCAAGUACACCAAUCACUGCGUUCUUUCCGCCCGGUGACCGCCCCUUAAAGGCGGAGCUGACUCUCACCUGACCAAUAACGUUUCGGAUAUUUGCGGUCGGUUUAAAGCCCACUUGCAAUUUGACACCCGAGAGGCGGGAUGUCUAAAAAUACAUUAUGUCGAUUGGCUAACCAACACUGUUAAUAAUAAGCUAUGGGAUACAGGGCAGCCAGUAAUAUCACAGAGAGGCGGGCACAAAUGCAGCUACCCGCCUCUGAUUGGUGCGACCUGCCGCCUCUAAUGUUCGGUAGCUGGAGCAUAUUCGCCCACCUCGGGCACGAAUGGCUGGCAGCGCCGUCAAUCAUCCGUUUCCGGCGGCGGCCGAAGGCCCGGCCUGUUGUGUUUUUUUUUGUUCUCUGCCCGGCCAAUGUGCGGCCGGGCUGACAAAAUGGCGGCGGUACCGGUGUAUUGCGAGUGUCGACAGCCGUACGACGCUGGUCGCUUCAUGAUCGAGUGUGAUGUCUGCAAGGACUGGUUUCACGGCAGUUGUGUACGAGUGGAGGAGCAUCAAGCUGUUGAUAUUGACCUGUAUCACUGUCCAAAAUGUGCCAUAUUGCAUGGGGCCUCUCUGAUGAAAACGCGGAAGAACUGGCACCGACAUGACUACACAGAGUCCACGGAUUCAGUUAAGCAGAUCCAGGCAGGUACACCAGUUUUCAUCAGGCAUCUCCGAGUCCGACACUUCCCCAGUGCCUCUGAAAUUGUCAUCAAAAUGCAUGGUGCCCAGCUGACACAAAACUACCUGGAGAAGCACGGGUUUGAAUGUCCCAUAUUAGUGCCCAAGAUAGAUGGACUUGGAAUCGCUCUUCCUUCAAGCACCUUUUCUGUCAGGGACGUGCAAGAAUAUGUGGGUGGUGAGAAAGUGAUCGAUGUGAUUGAUGUGGCUCGGCAAGCAGAUUGUAAGAUGAAAUUGCAAGACUUUGUAGAAUAUUUCACUGCCGUCCAUCGUACCAAAGUAUUAAAUGUUAUUAGCCUGGAAUUUUCUGAUACAAAGAUGUCAGAUUUGGUGAGGGUUCCUGAUAUUGUUCAGAAGCUUUCAUGGGUAGAGAAUUACUGGCCUGAAGAUUCCAUCUUUCCCAAGCCCUGCGUUCAGAAGUACUGCCUGAUGGGAAUGGAGGACAGUUAUACCGACUUCCACAUCGACUUUGGGGGCACCUCUGUGUGGUACCAUGUACUGUGGGGUGAAAAACACUUCUACUUGAUAAGGCCUACCAAUGCCAAUCUUGCACUUUAUGAAAGUUGGAGCAGUUCUGUCAACCAGAGUGAGACUUUCUUUGGAGACCAAGUGGACCGAUGCUACAAGUGUGUACUGCAACAGGGGCAGACACUUCUCAUUCCCACAGGCUGGAUCCACGCUGUCCUAACAUCCAAGGAUUGUAUGGCUUUUGGUGGAAACUUUCUGCAUAACCUCAACAUUGGAACACAACUCAGGAUAUAUGAGAUGGAGAAGCGAUUAAAGACUCCAGAGCUUUUCAAGUUUCCGUACUUUGAGGCAAUGUGUUGGUAUGUGGCAAAUAGCCUUCGGGAGACUCUAAAAGAAAUGAGGGAAGAUGGCUGUCAGCCACAAGAGUACCUAGUACAAGGAGUCAAGUCGCUCAUCCCUUCACUUAAAUGCUGGAUUCAGAAAGAGGGUUUUAUUGGCCGCACUUCUGAGCUUCCUGAUCAGAUCAGACCAGGGCAUCUUAUUAAGGAACUCGGCAAGGAAGUUCGCCUUGUGGAGGAGUUGAACAUAGGAAAUAAACCCAUGAAAUCUCAGGGAACUGUGCCUGCAGCGCCGGUCGCACGCAUCCCUCAGGACAAGAGUUCCUCCUUCAGUGUUAGCCCUAGUAAGAGGAAAUGCAGGAGACUGAGAGAUCCUUCAAGCAAGACGCACUCAAACCUGGAUAUUCUGGAGCUUUACACCCGUCAGGUACUGAAGAAGAUGGAAAUGGCUCAGUGGAAUGAAGAUAAUAUGUCUGGCUCCACACUGAGAAUCAAAAUCAAUGGUUCUUCGCCACCAUCUUCAACUUCAGCUGAGAAGGUCCGUAGUGAGAAUAACUUGCCGCUGGUGCUAUCAAGAGGAAGGAUUAUCAGUCAUGAUAGGAACAGAGUGAUGGAGCCUGAACAAUGCAGUACAAGCAGUGAAGAUGAAGAGGAUGAACAAUCGGAUGAGCAGGGCAGUGUGCUCCAUGAAGCAGAGAACUUGGAGUGGGAGGAUGAGAAACCACAAACGCCACUCAACAAGUUCUUUGAGGAAGUGAAAAUUGAAAUUGAGGAUGGGACGUCUGAGUCAUCUGAGCAUUAUACCUCUGAUGUGAAAGAAGAAUGCAGCCUACAGAGAGUGAGCUCUUGGCACGAAGACUUUCGCCAGUCAGGUGACAGCAAGAAAAAUAGUUUGGCAAACAAUUCCGUGACUGAGAAGUCCCACCAAGUUCCAGAUAAGCCUAGAACGAGCCUGAAGCGUUGCAAGAAGGACAACAUGCUUGAGAGGGUACAACCACCAUCUCCAAGCACAACCGAGGCCAUACAGGGCAUGCUGUCAAUGGCAGCCCUGCAGUACUCAGACCUUCGCAGCAGCCCAAGAAAGAAUAGGGACAGCCUGGAAAAAAGGAACCUUUCCAAGUCACAUCAAGGCAUAAGAACUAAUAGGAGGGAGAAAGGCGCGCUGAGCCCAUGUUCCAGGGCAUCAGACUGUGCUGGGUCCGUGAAGCAGGAAGCCGCUGAGUGCAGCACUGUGUUGCCAACUGCUGAAUGGAGGGGCACAAUGGGAGCAUCGGCCAGACUAUCUGAAACGGUAUUGAAGAAUGAGCCAAAACAUCUCAGAAAAGAAUGUUCUUUGUUGGUGAGGCAAAACAUCCAGGAGAACAAGAUGUUAGUGGAAGAAAUGGUAGAUAGUGAAGGUCAGAUUGCCUCUGACUCAUUGACUGCAGUGUACAGGUCAACUGCUGACUGUGACCUGCGAACAAGUCCAGUUCACAACAGUGACAGUCCAGAUCGGACCCACCCUGGAAUAUCAACGUCACCACCUCUGCAUCCAUCUAGCAAGCGGACCAUUCCCAAUCCACCGCCUGUGAGCAACCAGGCGACAAAAGGAAAGCGUCCAAAGAAAGGGAUGGCAACUGCAAAGCAGCGACUGGGAAAGAUUCUGAAGCUGAACCGAAGUGGCCGCCUCUUCCUUUAGAAAUAAGACUUUCCAGACUAACUUUGGGCCAAAGAGGGUGAUGGUGCUGCAGCAUGGAUGGCCCUACCUCAAGACCCUUGGAUAUGCACUGUCGAAGCAAUAAUGGCAAAAGUCAGAGCUGGGGAGAAAGAGGACUGAUGUGGGGAAGCUCUGAAAAUUGUUCAGGGUUAGCAAACAUUUUUAAAGGAUGGUAUUUUGCUUUUUCUGAAGAUACUUUCUGUUGUAAUUUAUCUUCCAAAUUAUUUGAUGCAUUUUAAUUUAACAGCAUUGUUUUUUUUAAAAAAGAGAAAACUAUUUAUUGAGGAAUUGAUUCAUUUCAACAAAAUAAUUUAGAUAUAAAAUAUUGAACCAUA